AUGCCAGUCAUCUCACGGGUUGUCUCGAUGAUCCUUCGCGCUGGCGAAUUGGCCUUCGCAGGAAUUGUUGCAGGUAUUGUUGGCAAGUACCUGCAUGACUACCGGUCUGGUAGUGACCAGCCUCUGGCACGCUUUAUCUACAUCGAGAUUGUCGCCGGCAUAUCGCUCCUUCUUGGCCUUCUUUGGCUGCUCCCCUUCGCAUCGGGCUUCGUCCAUUGGCCUGUGGACGUCUUCGUAUCAGCUGCAUGGUUUGCAGGGUUUGGUGUCUUGGUUCAGUGGCGCAAUAGCGCACAAGGCGCUUGCGCAGGGGAUACCUUUGCGUGGGACCAGAUCUCCCUCCGAGGCACCUGUGGUCGUUGGAGAGCAACGGAGGCAUUCUCUUUCUUAUCGGCCAUCUUUUGGCUUGUGAGCGCAUUGGUCGGCGUCUGGUUCAUCCACCGUGAGAGACGCAAGGCUGGGCCCGCCGCAGGAACGUAA